AUGACUACUAUACCUCUUUCGAAAGAAAUAUUUAAUCAAGUGAUUCCAAUUCCUACACUCCAAGAUUUGGCGGCUAAUUCUUCAAGUUCAGAUCAACAAUCAAAUAAUAUAGAAAAUGAUAUUGAUUACUUGCUUCAUUGGCUAAGUCCAUUUUGGCCCGACAAUACUAUGUUUGUUGAGCCAUCGGCCAGAGUCAAGGCUGCUGUUAGAAGCUGCCUCAGGGAUGAGGCUAGUCAAUUGGAUUUUGUCAAGUUAUACGGAAAUUCUAUUAAACCGAAGUUUUUUGAAGAAUUAUCACCUUUAUUGUUGGAUGAUAGAGUUUCAUUGAUUGAAGCAAUUGACAAAAUUAAGUUUAUAAAGGAUUACUAUAGCCAAUAUAUCAAGUAUUUGAAUUUGAAUAAAUUGCCUUAUGAUAUACUAACGAGGAACCUAAAUUCAUUAUUUCAUUCAAUCUUAGUCGAAAAUAAGAAGUCCAAGUUUAUAAACAAGCUAACCAAUUAUCUAUAUGAAAUGUUGUUUGGUUCUGAAAGAAGCCUACAAGGCCCAGUGCAGAAUUAUAUUCAGGUAUUAUUAUCUAUUGAAUUAGUCGAUGAAUUGAAUUCAAUAAUAAUAGGCUUAUCAAUUAAACAAAUAAAGGAUUAUAUACUUGCAACAUGUACAAAAGUAUGGAAUAAACCAUUGUUGGAAGAAAUCAAUCAUUGGAUUAAACUGGAUUUAUUUCCCAGCUUUAAUUUGGUAAUGAGACUAUCCAGUUUUGACUUUUCGGAGAAGUAUUUAUAUGAUUUAAUUAAAAUUGCCCAUGACGAACUAGUUUCAUUACGGAUAAAAGAGAUAUUCGAUCUUGUGGUAGAUUAUCCAAAUUCAUAUGUUGCUUUAUCAGAAUUGCACCAAUGUCUCCUGUUCAAGCUCAACUCUCAUAAUACCGGUAGUAAUAUAUCCAACUUGAGCACUGUUAUCAAUUCAAACAUAAAUACGUCUGAAAUUGAUUCUGCAAAUUCAUUAAUAUCUAUUUCAAAUCUUUCAUCCAUACUCAUAAACAAUUCGGCAAGUUCGCAAGCGUAUCAAAGAGCUAAGUUGGUAGAUACAUUUAUACAACUAUGCCAUGAAGAAUUGCUUCAUUCGGGAGCAAAUACUGUGGAUGUCAUAACAUGUUACACGUCUACAAUCAAGUCGUUUUUAAUUAUUGAUCCAAAGGGUGUAUUACUCGAUAGAGUAGUUAGACCGAUCAGAAGAUAUUUAAAAACAAGAGAAGAUAUUAUUAUUAAAUUGGUGCAUGGCUUAUUGGAUCAAAGUGAAAACAAUGAUCUACUUGAAUUAGCUCAAGAAUUAAGAAAGGGAAAGAAGAAGACAAUUAUAGCAGAUGAUUUCAUGGAUUUGACCUGGGUACCUGAUCCUAUUGAUGCAUUGCCCGACUUCAAAAAAAGCAAGGUGACAGAUAUAAUAGAAUCGUUAAUAUCAAUUUUUGACCUGAAAGAAAUAUUUAUAAAUGAAUUCACUCAAUUAUUUGGUCAAAAGUUGAUUAAUUUACACGAUUAUGAUGUAAAAGAUAUAACUGAUCAUCUAGAUUUAUUAAAAUUACGAUUUGGAGAGAACGAAUUUACAACUUUAGAUAUUAUGAUUAAAGAUAUCGAACAAAGUAAAACGACAAAUGAAAAGAUAAAUUGUGACAAGGAGUACUUGUUUCACUCGACAAUUCUUUCCCAUUUAUAUUGGCCUUCGGUUUGUGAAAAUAUCUCACAUAAUGAUAACUUUAAACUACCAGAUGCUAUUUUGAAUCAGUUCGACAGCUUUGAUAAAGAUUAUGCGGAGGUUAAAAAGGGACGAGGUUUAAAGUUAAUUCCUAGCCUAGGAUUGGUUAAACUUAAAUUACUGAUUAGGAAAACUAAUUUAUCAUUUGAAGUAACUCCUGAUAAAGCGUCAGUAAUAUCGUUAUUUGACGACAAAGUUGAUGAAUUGACGUUAGCAAACAUCUCCAACCUCUUAGAUAUGCAACCCUAUGUUGCCUCAAAAGCUAUAGACUACUGGGUAAAGCAGAAUGUUUUGAAGGAAACAUCUAAAGAUACCUACAUGGUAAAUGAGUGA